CCAAUAAAGCGCUCAGCAAGUAUGCCUUGGGACAUGAGGAGGAUCUUCUUGUGUCCUCUGUCCUGCUGAAGGCACUGAUCUUUCUCCUUCCUAUCGCUCCCUCUGUUCAUCUUACCUUUCUCUAAUCCUCCCUUUAACGGCUUCACUCCCUUUCUCUAACACCUUUUACUCUCACAUUUGAACCUCUAUCUCACUCUUCUCACCCUAUCUCUCCUUCAUCAUGCUCUCUGAGUGCUGCAGGCAGCCCCUCUCCUUCCAUUGCCAUGGAUUUGGGCAGCCUGACCACGGUGGUUGCCAACUCAACCUACAUCAAUGCCCGUGGCAGCUUCGAUGGCUCAAACCUAGCGGCUUUGUCUGACCCACAUCGGUGUGUGAGGGCAUCCAGGAAACCCUGGACCUGGCCUUCUAGUCAGUCUGCGUGGAGCAGCCCAUUGGCAAACGCCUCUUCCACGUGUUCCUUGAGGCUGCUCCCGAAUCCAUGGUCCUUGCCGCCUGUGGCUGGACAUCGAGGAGUACCACUUAUAGCAGAAGGCUCAGACCGGGCCCAGAAGGCGUUCAGUAUCGUCCAGCGCUACCUGGAGGCUCUACUGUCCCUUUCUGACUCCAGAGACGGUGAACCAGGUGGAGGGCCUCUUUGCCCAAACACUGACCUCAGUACUGGGCUACCUCUAGGAUACUCCCUCCACCUUUUUCCUGGAGAGCAUGUUCCUGAAGAGGUUCCUUCAGUGGAGGGGGGGUUCAGAGAUGUGUCUGCCUGUCAGAUGAAGGCCACAGGGAAUCUGUACGCCUGCAUGAAGCUCAACAAGAAGAGGAAAGGCUAUGAGGGGGCGAUGGUGGAGAAGAGGAUCCUUGUCAGGGUUCACAGUCACUUCAUCGUGUUGCUGGCCUAGAAUACUCUGUCUGGUUAUGACCAUCAUGAAUGGAGGUGACCUGAAGUAAACGCAUGCACAAAGCACAUACCCACACACACUGCAGGAACUAUCCUAUUUGUUGUUUCUUGUAAUAGAUCUGUAACAUGUUUGUUAUCGUACUGCCCCAGAUAUCACAUCUAUCUGAUAGAUGAGAACAACCCAGGGUUUGAGGAGCCCAGAACCUGUUUCUAUUCUGCUCCGAUCAUCCAGGGCAUGGAGCACCUCCACCAGAAGAGCAUCCUCUACAGAGACCUCAAACCUGAGAACGUCCUCCUGGAUAAUGAAGCUACACACUGAUACAGUUAUGUACACACACACACACACACACACGUUGACGUGAUGCUUUGUGAUGCGAUGUUGUCCUUAGGUAAUGUGCGUUUCUCUGACCUGGGUCUGGUGGUUGAACUAAAAGUGGACCAGACAAAAAGCGAAGGCUAUGCCGGAACUCUAGGUCAGUCUCACCUGCCCGACCUCAUUAUCUUACAAUGGGGCUCACGUUUAGUGUCUCCAAGAAGCGCCACUCUGUCUCUUGUGACUGACCUUUGACCUCUGCCCCAAGGGUUUAAUGGCCCCGGAGCUGCUGAAGGGGGAUAAGUAUGACACCUCAGUAGACUAUUUCACCCCGAGGGUCACGCUGUUUGAGUUCAUGGCCGCCAAGAACCCGUUGAGGGAACAAGGGUAGAAGGUAACCCACUCUAUCCAGCCUCCCUUCCAUGUCUUAACUCUUCAAACUGAUGAGUGUGAAGGCUAAUCCGUUUAAUUCAGAGGUCUCCAAUUCUGGUCAUGUUGUAAAGCCACUGGAGUCUGAAGGCUUUUGUUCCAUCUUGGCACUAUCACACCUGUUUAUCAUUCUUCAUUCAUAGACCAUGAUUAUUUGAGCCAGGUGUGUUAGUGCAGGGCUGGAACAAAAUCCUGUACACCCAGUAGCUCUCUUGGUCCAGAGUUGGUCUAUGACUUUGAUGUAAUGUCUUUAACCUGCAGUCGUCUUCUGGUCAGGUUGGAAGGAAGAGCUGAAGGAGCGUAAUCAUGACUGUGACGGUGGUCUACCCAGAGACAUUGUGUGAACGGCAAGUCCAUCUGCUCCGGGCUGCUGGAGAAACAGGUUGACCAGAGACUAUGCUUCAAGAACGGCACCUGUGACGAGGUCAGGGCACACCCUAUUGAAAACCUGUGUGGUGAGCUGAAGACGAGAGUCCACAAGCGAGGACCAAGGACUCUGAAGGAUCUGAAGAGUUUCUGUAUGGAGGAAUGGUCUUAAUUCUGUCUUAUCUAACAUUAUAGGAGACUCAGAGCUGUUAUUGUGGCAAAGGGAGGGUGCACAAAGUACUAAGUGCAGGGGUGCCAAUAAUUGUGACAAAUUUUUUCAUAAAAUCAUCAUGAAAUAAUUAUUUGAUUUUCUUUGAAAAUGUUUAACUCAAAGGAUAGAUUCAUAUGAUAUUUUAAGUGUAAGAUCAAGCUGAUAAACAACAAUGACAUUUUUCACAGCCAUUUUUGUUCAUAUUUACCUAAGAUGCCAAUAAUUAAUGAGGGCACUGUAUAUAAAAAUAAGUGUUUAGCUUCUUAUUAAACUAGUCUGUUUUCAUGUUUAGUGGAAGUGUUUGACCAUUGUCGUAUAUGGAGGUGAUACUGUCUUGUAAAUAUUUGACACUAACUUUAUACAGUAACUUUUAAUAUAUCUGUGGUGAUGCCAAUGCAGAAAGGAACACAUUUUUCACACUGUAUUGCAAAGCAAAUUUUAUUAACAAAACAUUUGUCACUAUCAAAUAUAUGAAGAAAAAAAACCACUGGUAGAUAAAAUAGUUUUUUGAAAAGUCA